AUGAAGCUUGACUCCAAGGCAAUCCGCUAUCUCACCAACGAAGAUUUCAAAGUUCUUGCCGGAGUUGAAGCUGGAAGUCGCAACCAUGAAGUCGUCCCUACACCGCUGAUCGUGCAACUAUCUGGCCUCCGAGGCGGCGCCGGCGUGCAUCGCGCAAUCUCGAAUCUGGCCAAGAUCAACUUGAUUGCCAAAGUCAAGAAUGCGAAGUACGAUGGCUACAGACUUACCUAUGGUGGACUGGAUUACUUGGCGCUGAAUGCGCACCAGAAGCAAAAUGUUGUCUAUUCAGUUGGUAACCAGGUUGGUGUGGGUAAGGAAUCCGACAUCAUCGUUGUCGCACACAGCAGCGGAGAGCAGCGAAUUCUCAAAAUCCACCGCUUGGGUCGUAUCUCCUUCCGGACCGUCAAGACGAAUCGCGACUACCUGCGACACCGCAGCUCAGCAUCAUGGAUGUACAUGUCCCGAUUGGCUGCCAUGAAGGAAUUCGCAUUCAUGAAGGCGCUCCGCGAGAACGGUUUCCCGGUGCCUGAACCCUACGCCCAGAACCGACACACCAUCAUCAUGAGUUUGAUUGAUGCUUUCCCGCUCCGCCAGAUCUCCAAGGUCCCCAACCCACAAAAAUUAUACUCCGAAUUGAUGGAAAUGAUCCUGGAGCUGGCGCGCUUUGGACUCAUUCACGGUGAUUUCAACGAGUUCAACUUGCUCAUCAAGGAAGAGGUGGAUGAAAAUGCCAAAGAGAAAUACACUCCGGACACCAAAUUGGAUGAUGUGGCAGAUGAAGAUAUCCGGCUGGUCCCGGUGCUCAUUGAUUUCCCUCAGAUGCUGUCCAUUGACCACAUGAAUGCCGAAAUGUAUUUCGACCGUGAUGUGAACUGCGUGAAGCGUUAUUUCCAGCGCAAAUUCCACUUCGUGAGCGACGUUCCUGGUCCUACGUUUGCUCAAGCCAGGAAGAAGUUCAUGAAGAACCCUGGUAAGCGUCUGGAUGUGGAGGUUGAGGCAUCGGGCUUCUCAAAGAAAAUGGCUCGGGAGCUUGAGAAGUACAUGCAGGAAGUCGGUGUGGACGGCGAUGCCGGUUCUAGGGAGGAUGGUGAGGAUGAUGACGACAGCAGUGAAGAGGAGGAGGAUGACGAAGAGUCUGGCUCGGAAUCAGGAGAGCCUAGCGAGGCCAAGCAGUCAGAGCAAGACGAUGAAGAAGUGGGCGAGAGCUCACGACAACUUGAGGACUUGCAUGUGUCGGGACCAUCCGGGCAAUGA